UUUACACAAACCCUAGAUAGACUUUCUCAGCUUCAGAGGUAAAAAAUCAAUCGCCGCAGAGUCAUCUCCUUCUUCUUCUUCUCCACAGUCCUACAGAGAAGAGCGCACACACACACAAAACAUGUUGGACAUCAAUCUUUUCCGGGAAGAGAAGGGGAACAACCCCGAGAUCAUCCGCGAAUCCCAACGCCGGAGAUUCGCCAGCGUCGAAGUCGUCGACGAGAUCAUCAAGCUCGACAAAGAAUGGCGCCAGCGUCAAUUCGAAGUAGAUAAUUUCCGUAAGGAGUUCAAUAAGCUUAACAAGCAAGUCGCCAAGCUCAAGAUCUCUGGUGCUGAUGCGAGUGAGGUGAUUCAGCAAACGGAGAAGAACAAACGUGAUGCUACUGAGAAGGAGGCUGAGGUUCGUGAAGCUUACGCUGCGUUGAAGGCUAAGUUGGAGACUGUUGGGAAUCUCAUCCACGACUCUGUUCCUGUUGACAACGAUGAGGCGAACAAUGCUGUGAACGAUGUUUGGGGUGAGAAGCUUGUUGCUUCGCCUGGUUUUAAGCUGAAAAACCAUGUGGAUCUCGUUGAGCUUCUUGACAUUGCAGAUACCAAGAGAGGUGCUGAGAUUGCUGGAGCAAGAGGCUUUUUCCUGAAAGGAGAUGGGUUGCUACUUAACCAAGCUCUUAUCAACUUUGGGCUGACCUUCUUGAAAAAGAGAGGGUUCACUGGACUGCAGCCUCCGUUCUUCAUGAGGAAGGAUGUCAUGGCCAAGUGCGCACAGUUGGCUCAGUUCGAUGAAGAGCUUUACAAGGUGACUGGUGAAGGAGAUGACAAGUACCUUAUUGCUACUGCUGAGCAACCUCUUUGUGCAUACCAUAUAGAUGAAUGGAUCCCUCCGAACGAGCUUCCCAUAAGAUAUGCUGGUUACUCGUCCUGCUUUAGAAAGGAGGCUGGGUCCCACGGAAGAGACACACUUGGCAUCUUCCGUGUUCACCAGUUUGAGAAGAUUGAACAGUUCUGCAUCACUAGUCCUAACGAUAAUGAGUCGUGGAAAAUGCUUGACGAGAUGAUGCAGAACUCGAAAGAUUUUUACCAAGAGCUAAAGCUUCCAUACCGAAUCGUUACCAUCGUCUCGGGAGCAUUGAACGAUGCAGCUGCUAAGAAGUACGACUUGGAAGCUUGGUUUCCUUCGUCGGAGACUUACAGAGAGCUCGUGUCGUGUUCCAACUGCACAGACUACCAAGCUCGAAGACUUGAGAUCCGAUACGGUCAGAAGAAGAGCAAUGAGCAGGCGAAGCAGUACGUACACAUGCUGAACUCGACUCUUACCGCUACCGAGAGAACCAUCUGCUGCAUCCUCGAGAACUACCAGCGAGAGAAUGGCGUGGAGAUCCCUGAGGUUUUGCAGCCUUUCAUGGGCGGAGAGACGUUUUUGCCUUUCAAGGCUAAGCCAGUGGCUGCAGACACCAAAGGCAAAAAGUCCAAAGCUUGAUUAUGAAUGACUUCAUUACAACUCGGAUGAAAAUUUUCUAUCAUAGUGUUUCUUUGAUUCUGUGGAACUUUAUUUUGGGAUUGACGUUGUGUUACCUUUUUGUAUUCAUCAUCGGAUUGUUUUCUUUGGCGAAUGCAUCUUCUCAGUUACGCAUUCACAGGUUUUAAACUUUGCUUCAAGAGUAAAAAUUUGGAAGUAAAACAAAUAA